AAUAUUAUUUGCACAUAAGGAGUUUGUAAUCAAAAUCCAAUAGCGUUAUUUUACUUAUCAAUGUGCUGGAUUAUGCUUUGCCGCUUAUAUCAUGUUUGCCUAUAGAAGAAUGUUGAGUGGUGGAGUACUUUCCCCACUUACAAAGAUUUCCAUAGAUCUCACUUUAUUAUCAGCAUCUUUAUUGUAUUAUUUGAUUAUCAAUAAUUAAGUUUAUCAUCUAAAAUAGGAGUCACUUCUGUCAUGAGAGAUCUAGUACCUUUACGUAAGAAAUUGUUAAAUGAACCAGAUGUUGAUUAUUUAAGACAUCUUCUUAGUAAAUAUCAUAAAUUUGAUUUUUACAAAGAAAAUGAAUUUACAUUAUAUCAUGAUGUAUUAACAGCAUCUGAAUUCAAAGAAUGGAAAGAGUUACAUAAAUUUGAUGUAACCAAAUUCUGA